CUGCGUUGACGUCCAGCUCCUGCUCGUUGGUCGCUGGUGGGCACCAGCACAAAACUGGGUCUCCUCGGUUCUUCUCCUCGCAUCCAGCAGACCGCAGACGACGACUACCUCAGCCGCCUUCCAAUGGCGCCCCUCUCCUGCCGCGACCUUCCCGCCCGGCUACCGACUCUUCCCCACCAUGCUAGCACUCACCCACACCUCUCCUUCCUAUCGGGCGGCCCAGCCCCUCGCCGAUGGCGAUCACUCACCACCUCAAACACUCUGCGGCUUCGCUUGGCGGCCACUAAGGACGACGCGGUCGCCUCCCUCGUCGGAAGGCUCGAGCACGACGUGGCGAACGCCCAGUACCGCGACGACGUUCUGGAAGAAGAAGACGAAGAGCAGCGGGAGGAGGAAGAAGAGGAGCAGCAGUUCCUUGACGACGACAACGCUCGGCGCCGCGGCGCGGGGAAGCAUCGGGACGAGCUGCGCAGUCGGUGGCGCGAGAUCCACGGGUGCGACGACUGGGCGGGGCUCCUGGACCCCAUGGACCCGCUGCUGCGGUCGGAGCUGAUCCGGUACGGCGAGCUGGCGCAGGCCUGCUACGACGCCUUCGACUACGACCCGUCGUCCCGCUACUGCGGCAGCUGCAAGUACUCGCGGCGCGACUUGUUCGAGCGGCUGGGCAUGGCGGACGCGGCGCGCGGCUACGUGGUGUCCCGGUACCUGUUCGCGACGUCCAACAUCCGGUUCCCCAACUUGUUCCCGCAGUCCCGGGCGGGCGCCAGGAUCUGGAGCCAGAGCGCGAGCUGGAUCGGGUACGUGGCCGUGUCCACGGACGAGGAGAGCGCGCGGCUGGGGCGGCGCGACAUCGCCAUCGCGUGGCGCGGCACGGUGACGCGGCUGGAAUGGGUGUCGGACCUCAUGGACUUCCUCCGGCCCGUGGCGGAGGAGGGCAUCCCGUGCCCGGACCGGGAGGUGAAGGUGCUGGCCGGGUUCGUGGACCUGUACACGGACCGGGACCCCAGCUGCCGGUUCUGCAAGUACUCGGCGCGCGAGCAGGUCCUGACGGAGGUCCGCCGGCUGGUGGGCCGCUACACGGCGGCGGGGGAGGACGUGAGCGUGACGGUGACCGGGCACAGCCUCGGCAGCGCGCUGGCCAUGCUGAGCGCCUACGACAUCGCGGAGACCGGCGCGAACAUGGAGGCCGCGCCCGUGUGCGUGUUCUCGUUCGGGGGCCCGCGGGUGGGCAACACGGCGUUCAAGCGGCGCUUCGAGGAGGAGCUCGGGGUGAGGGCGCUGCGGGUGGUGAACGUGCACGACAACGUGACGCGGAUGCCGGGGAUCCUGCUGAACGAGGGGGCGCCCGAGGUGGUGCGGCGCGUGGCGGAAGGCCUGCUGCGUGUGCCCUGGUGCUACGCCCACGUCGGCGUGGAGCUGCCGCUCGACCACAAGCGCUCGCCGUUCCUCAAGGACACGCUGGACCCCGCGUGCUACCACGACCUGGAGGCGCACCUCCACCUCAUCGACGGGUACCACGGACGCGGUGAGCGGUUCGUGCUGGCGAGCGGGCGCGACCCGGCGCUGGUGAACAAGGCGUGCGACUUCCUCAAGGACCACCACGGCGUGCCCCCGUGCUGGCGCCAGGACGAGAACAAGGGCAUGGUCCGCGCCCGCGACGGCCGAUGGGUCCAGCCCGACCGCCACGGCUGGCACCUGGACGACCACGACCACGACCACGGUGACCACCGUCACCACCACCACCACCACCACCACGACGGUCACCACCACCGUCAUCACAAGAAGCACAGCACCGAGGGCGCCCGGCACCACCACCGUCACGGUCACGGCCAGGACAUGCAGUCUCAUGCAUAGGCCAAAGCAUGAACUAUAUAUAGCUCUGACCGUUCCCGUCCCGCGGGACACCAGUUGUCCGCGUGUUGAUGCCGUGCCGCACGGAGAUGCAAACCUAGCCGUGGAGAGGAGCUGAAAUAUUGGGAUCUUAUCUCUCGAUCGAUGGUCAUGUGCGAUGUGAGCGUGUAUUAUUAUUAUUAUAUUGGUGUUAUCCUGAUUGUACAGUGAAUCAACACAUGGCUUUACUGGCUACGGAGCUCAUUGCAAUUUGGUAGGCUCGUGUAUCGAAACCAUCGCUUUCUCUAGUUUCCAAGUACAAUGCAAAUACAAACCCGCUGGAUCCAAUGGACGGGUUUGUCUAUUGUCAUUUAACUAUAUAUAGAUCGGUUUGUAUGUCA